AUGUCGAGUCCCUCUGCCCCGAAACGAGCCAGGUCGCCCAGUCCGGACGAAUUUGACGAGUUCGAUACCAGCGCGGAUGAUUUGAUUCGGGCCGUCGAAGAGACCGAGGCAAAAAAGCCGCGCGUCGCUUCACCUCGCCCACCGCAGCAGACGACGCUAGCACCCAAGGUGAAACCGACGGCAUCCUCCGAUGUGCCUGUAUAUACGCACCCAUACGCUGGUACGAAAGACGACCCAUGGCUUCUGGAACGCACAACAAUGAAUUCCGCGUGGUUCCAGCGGCUGGAGCCAGCGAUGCGGCAGGACUCUUUCUUAAAACUCAAGGCGUUUUUGGACGUGGAGAAAAAGGCCGGUAAGACCAUCUACCCACCGCCCCACCUCAUUUACAAUUGGUCGCGCAUGACACCACUUGAGACCAUCAAAGUGGUGAUUGUAGGGCAAGAUCCAUACCAUCAACCUGGCCAAGCUUGUGGCCUCUCCUUCUCCGUCCCUAUGGGGAAGGCCGUGCCAGCAAGUCUGCAAAACAUUUACAAAGAGCUAAAGGCAGAGUACCCAGACUUUGUGGCACCGAAGCAUGGGUGCCUCGAUGGAUGGGCUCGGCAGGGUGUGCUUCUCUUGAAUGCUUGCUUGACGGUCACUGCAGGGGCGGCAGGAUCGCAUCACAAUCGCGGGUGGGAGCCUUUUACAAAAGAGAUCUUGAAAUCUGUACUCAAAGCAGCGUCAGGGACUGGCGGCGGACCCCUAGCUUCGAUGUUUGCGCACCAAAAACAGGAUCAGAGCGCCUCCGCCGGCGGGCCUCACAAAGGUGUGGUUUUCCUAGCAUGGGGCUUGCCGGCAGCUAAGACGCUGGCUGACGCAGGUAUCACAGAGAAAACGCCCAACGUGCUGCUGCUCAAGUCGCCGCAUCCAUCGCCACUGAGUGCACACCGUGGCUUCCUAGGCAAUGGCCACUUUGCCAAGGCCAAUGCAUGGCUCGAGGAGCCCACACGAUACGGCAAGGGAGGUGGCAUUCGUUGGAACGAUUUAUAG